AUGUUUCGAAAAAAAGUAAAUCAUAGAGAAGUUAAUAUUGUUCUUCACUCAAUUUCAACUCUAUUCAAUGAAUUUUAAACCUUAUAAAGUUUGAUCUUUGAUUACAACAUUUAAAUGAAAUAUUUUUUGAUUCUUAGAAAAGAUGUAGUAAUAGAAAUUCAAUGUUAUUUUUAAAAAAAGAAAAUGAAUUGCAAUUAUAGGUAAAAAGAAGAUUUGAGUGAGAUUUUAGCUGAUUUAAAAGAUAUUGAUGAAUUAUUCUUGAAAGUCAUGUUUAAAAUAUUCAAAAGAGAAAAAAUUCAAGAUUGUGUAGAAUUUCUUUCAAAAGAUGAGAAUUAAAGACGAAUCGAAUAAUAUUAUAUCCAAGAAGAAAAUCUAUCCCAUUUGGUUAAGGAAAAUAAGAUUAAAGGAAAAGAGAGUGUUUAGAAAAUUACUUAAACUGUCAACAAAAUUAUCAAUCACGAUUUUAAUAGGAAUAAUUAUUCCUAACAAAAGUACAGAACAAUCAGAUUAGAACUAAUUUAAAAAAUUUCAGAUGAUAAGAAGAUCUUCGAAUUUUUAUAAUUUCUAGUUCACCUUACAAGUAUAGAUAAUAGAUUUAUCUAAUGUGGUUCGAAUUCACUUAAUGUGUUGAUUUAAAUGAAGGUUGAUCUGAGGGGAAAAGUGUUUGAAAAUAUCAAGAUUAAAGAUACAUCUUUAAUUGGUGCUAACUUUGUAGGAUGCAAUUUGAGUGGAUCUCAAUUUGAAAAUGUUGAUAUUAGUGGAAUGAAUUUAAAUGGAGCGUAGUUAUUUAAUUGCAAAUGGAAUAGAAUUAAAAUACAUGAAUUAUAUAAAUUAGAAGGUCACAUUAGUAACGUUUAUUCAAUAUGCAUAUCACCUGACGGUACAACAUUAGCAUCUAGCAGUGCAGAUAAAUCUAUCCGUUUAUGGGAUGUUAAAACAGGAUAGUAAAAAGCCAAACUAAAUAUUCAUAGAGAUAAUGUGAGAUCAGUAUGCUUCUCUCCUGAUGGUAAGACAUUAGCAUCUUGCAGUCACGAUAAGACUAUUUGUUUAUGGAGUAUUUAGACAAGAAAAUUAAAAUUGAAAUUAUAAGGACAUAGAUAGUCAGUUAUUUCAAUAUGUUUCUCUCCUGAUGGUAUUACUUUAGUAUCUGGUAGUAUAGAUAAAUCUAUCUACUUAUGGAAUACUAAGACAGGGCAAUAAAAAGCAAUAAUUAAUGGUCAUACUGGUUGUGUAAAUUCAAUCUGCUUUUCACCUGAAGGCUCAACAUUAGCAUCUGGCAGUGAUGAUCAGACGAUCCGAUUAUGGGAUAUUACAACAAUGCAAUAAAAAACUAAAUUAGUUGGUCAUAAUGGUGGAGUUAAUGCUGUAUGCUUUUCACCUGAUGGUACAACAUUAGCAUCUGGUAGUUCAGAUAACUUUAUUUAUUUAUGGGAUGUUAAGACAACACUAUAGAAAGCUAAAUUAGAUGGUCAUAAUGGUUGUGUGAAUUCAUUAUGUUUCUCAAAAGAUGGAACAACUUUAGCAUCUGGAAAUGCAGAUAACUCCAUUCAUUUAUGGGAUAAUAAGACAGGACAAUAAAAAGUCAAAUUAGAUGGUCAUAUUGGUUAAGUAUAUUCAGUAUGCUUCUCACCUGAUAAUGCUAUAUUAGCAAGCGGUAGUGCAGAUAAGUCAAUCCAUUUAUGGGAUUUUAAGAUUAGUCUAUAAGAAGCUAAUUUGGAUGGGCAUACUGGUUAAGUAAAUUCAGUUUGCUUUUCACCUGAUGGUACAACUUUAGCAUCUGGCAGCGCGGAUAAAUCAAUCUGCUUAUGGAAUAUUAAGACAGGAAAAUAAAAAGUUAAAAUGAAUGGUCACAGUGGUAGCGUAAAUUCAGUCUGUUUUUCACCUGAUGGUACAACAUUAGCAUCUAGCAGUGAUGAUAAGACGAUCCUAUUAUGGGAUGUUAAGACAGGAUAAUAAAAAGCUAAAUUAGAUAGUCAUUGUGGUAAAGUGAAUUCAGUUUGUUUUUCACCUGAUGGUUCUACACUAGCAUCUGGUAGCGUAGAUAAAUCAAUCCGUUUAUGGGAUGUCAAGAGGAGGCAAUAAAAAUCAAAAUUAAGUGGACAUAGUAGCUGGGUCCAAUCAGUAUGUUUUUCUUCUGAUGGUUUAAAAUUAGCAUCUAGUAGUGAUGAUAAGUCUAUUUGUAUUUGGGAUAUUAAAAAAGGUAUAUAAAAAGCCAAAUUAGACGGACAUAGUGGUUAUGUUAUUUCUGUAUGCUUUUCACCUGAUAAUUCUACAUUAGCCUCGUGUAGUGAAGAUAAAUCUUUACGUUUAUGGGAUGUUUCAACAGCAACAUAAAAAGCCAUAUUAGAUGAGCAUAGACAUGUUUUUCGAAGUGUGUGCUUUUCUUGGGAUGGUAAAAUAUUGGCAUCUGGCAGUGAUGAUAAGUCAAUUUGUUUAUGGAAUUUAAUGACAGGAUAAUUAAAGGUCAAAUUAGAUGGUCAUACUAGCGGAGUGCGAUCAGUGUGCUUUUCACCUGAUGGUUCUAUAUUAGCAUCAGGUAGUUAUGACAGCUCUAUACGCUUAUGGAGUAUAGGGGCAAGUAUAUCUAAAUUUAGACAGAAAGGACAUAGUAAAUCUGUCUUUUCUAUAUGUUUUUCUCCUGAUGGUUCUUCUUUAGUUUCUAGCAGUGAGGAUAAAUCUAUUCGUUUAUGGGAAAUUAAAACAGGACGAAAAAUAGCCAAAUUUGAUGGCCAUAGUGAUUGUGUAUUUUCAGUUUGUUUUUCUCCCGAUGGCACUACAUUAGCAUCUGGUAGUGGUGAUAAAUCUAUUCGCUUAUGGAAUGUUAAGACAGGAUAAUAAAAAACCUAAUUAGAAGGUCAUCGCGAUUUUGUUCGAUCAGUGUGUUUUUCUCCGGAUGGCAACUUUUUAGCAUCUGGUAGCGAUGAUAAGUCUAUUCGUUUAUGGCAUAUUAAGAAAGGAAAAUAAAUAAUUUAAUUUGAUGGUCACACUCAUUAUGUUUUCUCUGUAUGCUUUUCUCCUAAUGGUACUAAAUUAGCAUCUGGUAGUGUGGAUAAUUCUAUUCGUAUUUGGGAUGUUAAGACAGGAUUAUUAAAAAAAUAAUUAGAUGGCCAUAGUUCUAUUAUACGAUCAGUUUGCUUUUCUCCUGAUGGUAUUACAGUAGCAUCUGGUAGUGAUGAUAAGUCUAUUCGUUUAUGGGACUCCUCAACAGGACAAUUAAAAGCCAAAUUAGAUGGUCAUAUUAGUGGAGUUAGAUCAGUGUGCUUUUCACCUGAUGGUCGUUAAUUAGCUUCUAGUAGUGUGGAUCUGUCAAUCCGUUUAUGGAAUACUAAGACUUUACAAUAGACAACCAUAUUAGAAGGUCAUAAUAAAACUGUUUUUGCAGUUUGCUUCUCUCCUGAUGGAACUAAUUUAGCAUCUGCCAGUGCAGAUAACUUUAUAUAUUUGAGAGAUGUUAAGUCAGGUAAAUUUAAAGCCAUCCAAAAUGCUCAUAUUAAUUAUGGACGAUCAAUAACUCUCUCACCUGAUGGUACUAUAUUAGGAUCUGAUAAUGGUGAUAAAUCAAUCUAUUUGAAUGAUGUUAAAACAGGUUAAUACAUGGAAUGCUUUGAUAAUCGUUAAAACAAAAUUUCGGGAUAAUUUCAAACACUCACAUUUAACAAUAAACCUUACAGGAAUGGUAUUAAUAUUAUUUUAUUUAGCCACAUGCAAUAUUACUCUUCAACUUAUAUCCAAAUAGUUAAUAUUUUAAUCUUAAGGGACUUUAAUCUGGAAAGGAGAGUUUGUAAAUCAAUUAGGCAUGGAUUUGAGAAUAUUGUUUUAGGAAAGAGGAAGUCUUAUAUUUUUAAACCAAAUAGAUUCACAAUAAAAAUAAAAUUGA